AUGUCCGGAUUAAAGAAAGCCGGGAAAAGAGCUCUUGAGACCAUGCUUGAUCCCAAAAAACUCGAAGUAGUGCAUCAGAAAUUUACGAGGCCUACCGUUGGGCCUGGUAAUCCUACAUUCCCUACUUCGCAGCGUGACUUGAAGAAUAUUGGCUUCCAUUUCGACCUUGGCGACCAAACCCGUGAAGUGCCCGACGAUAGACCGGAAGCGAAGGACGGCGCUACUCGAACUGCCAACAUCUUUCAGUGGCAGGCAGCUGCGCAAGCCGAAUCGAAGUCAAUCAAAGAUUGGGUCAGGAAGAAUGGGUCCCAUAGUGUAAUUACCGAAGUAGUGGUCCCGCAAGAUGCUACCAAGGAAGAAUUUGCUGAAAUCAUGAGAACGACCGCAGAAGGUCUUUGA